AUGCUGGACAGACAGCCUUACAAGGGCCUCUCUCGCAAGCUCGUCCUGGCUUUCGAUGUAGGCACGACCUUCAGCAGAGUAUCGUACUGCACUCUCGAUCCUGGUAAAGUUCCGAAGAUUCAAGGGGUAUAUAGGUACCCUGCUCAAGAGCAAGUGGGAGGCGACUCCAAGACCCCCUCUAUACUCUACUGCGACCGGAAUCAGCACACUCGCGUAAUAGGUGCGGAAGCUCUUCAGGAGAAUGUCAUCGAGAAAGCCGAAGAGGAGGGUUGGACUAAGGUGGAGUGGUGGAAGAUGCACCUCCGCUCCAAACACCUCAACUCCUCCCACAUCAAAGACUCCGACAUCCCCCCUCUCCCAGCGGGUGUCUCAGCCCUCCAAGUCCUCGCCGACUUCAUGGCGUACCUCUACCACUGCGCCCGCACGUACAUCACCGAAUCGCACGCAACCGGUCGGGACUUUCUCGCCUCGUUCUCGGACAGCAUCGACUUCGUGCUCUCGCACCCGAACGGGUGGGAGGGUUCGCAGCAGACGCAGAUCCAAUGCCCAGCAGCUGCAUGCAUCUGGACCAGGUAA